UGUAUUACAAAGGGGGAGUGUGACUCCUCGACACGUCAUUGUCAAAGAAAGAGCCGAUGUUAUGUGGAAGGGGCAGAAGGGAAAUGUAGUCAAACGAGCAUCAAUGUUGUCAUAUCAUAAUCAUCAUGGGAACAUGCUUUCCUCCGUUUUCUACCUCGGAUUUUAUGUUUUAUAUAUUUUCUUUUUCUUCUCCGUUUGCAGCGCGCUUUGUAUUCGUAGGGAACGUUUGCCAGUACAAUGCAGGGAAGGGAUCAAGUGUGGUAGAUAAAAUCAUCUCUUGCGUGUUGUAUCUUUCUAUCGUGGUCAAAGUGCAUAAAGUAUAUGUGUCCGUGUCUAGUCCAAACGGCCGUGUCAGUGUCCUAACGAUUGUCCCGCCAAAAGAUGAAGGUUUGACUGCCACUCAAUACUGUUGGCCGCUUGCGGUUCCGGUACGAAAAUCAUCAAAGUUGAGGCGAGGCGGCGAACUGAGAUUGUCAAUGUAAAUGACUGUAGCGUAAUGUAUAGUAUGAUUGAAGAAUCAACUAUUUCAAUCAUGACAAAGAUGUUCGAAAAUGUCCAGAGGAGCAAUUUGACAUUGCCGUACCUCUCCCUCAACUCGAAGCCACAAUGCACAUGAUUGCAAUGGCAACAUUGAUCGCUAGU